AUGGGCACUCAUCAACCUCUUCCUUCCUUCCUACCAGUUGAUAACCCUACUCAACCAUUCUGGCGCACAGAACCUCACCCACUGGACGAACUCCGAAGCACAGAAGCUCUUCCAGGCCAGAGUGAUAUCGUCAUUAUCGGGGCCGGUUAUUCUGGUGUUAGCAUUGCAUAUCAUCUCCUGAAACAUUUGGAUGGCCACAAUAAGCCUCACCCCGCUAUUACUAUCCUUGAAGCUAGGCAAAUCUGCUCUGGUGCAACUGGUCGAAAUGGAGAUAUGGAGUGGAUGCUGCAGCCGAGGUGGCCAACUUUGAACUCAGUCAUGUAA